AUGGGCAGUGAUCAAGAGAUGGGCAGUGAUCAAGGGAUGGACAGUGAUCAAGGGAUGGGCAGUGAUCAAGAGAUGGGCAUUGAUCAAGAGAUGGGCAGUGAUCAAGGGAUGGGCAGUGAUCAAGGGAUGGGCAGUGAUCAAGAGAUGGGCAGUGAUCAAGAGAUGGGCAGUGAUCAAGGGAUGGGCAGUGAUCAAGGGAUGGGCAGUGAUCAAGAGAUGGGCAGUGAUCAAGAGAUGGGCAGUGAUCAAGGGAUGGGCAGUGAUCAAGGGAUGGGCAGUGAUCAAGAGAUGGGCAGUGAUCAAGAGAUGGGCAGUGAUCAAGAGAUGGGCAGUGAUCAAGGGAUGGGCAGUGAUCAAGGGAUGGGCAGUGAUCAAGGGAUGGGCAGUGAUCAAGGGAUGGACAGUGAUCAAGGGAUGGACAGUGAGUGCACAUUCAGGUGGUGUGGCAACACUAAACCACAAUUACAGAGUCGGAGUACUUUGUAA